AUGGGGGAACCCCGGGCUGGGGCCCCCCUGGACGAUGGCAGUGGCUGGACAGGCAGUGAGGAAGGCAGUGAAGAGGGCACCGGCGGCAGCGAGGAGGCUGGGGGAGACGGGGGCCCAGAUGCAGAGGGUGUCUGGAGCCCAGACAUUGAGCAGAGCUUCCAGGAAGCCCUGGCCAUCUACCCGCCAUGUGGCCAUCGGAAAAUCAUUCUGUCUGAUGAAGGCAAGAUGUAUGGUUGUAAUGAACUGAUUGCCCGCUACAUCAAGCUGAGAACAGGGAAGACCCGGACUCGCAAACAGGUCUCUAGUCAUAUCCAGGUUUUGGCUUGA